AAAAAAAAGGAAAGCGAAAAACAAUUUCUGUUUUCAGUGCUCAUGGAGAGAAGUCGUUUCCUCUUGUCAAUAACGUUGUUGCUGCUGCAAUACAGUUCUAUAGUUACAGGUGCAGCAAAAACCAACAUCACCACUGACCAGUCUGCUCUUCUUGCUAUGAGAUCCCAUAUCACUAGUGACCCUCACAACAUCUUGGUCAACUGGUCAACCUCCACCUCCGUUUGCAACUGGGUUGGUGUUACUUGUGGUGCUCGUCACCUCAGAGUAGUAUCGUUGAAUCUCUCCUACAUGGUUUUCACUGGCACCAUUCCACCACACUUGGGUAAUCUCUCCUUCCUUGUUGCACUAAGCUUCAACAAUAAUAGCUUUUAUGGUACUUUGCCCCAUGAAUUGUCUUAUUUACGUCGCCUGAAGUUUAUUAGCUUAGGAUUCAAUAAUUUUAUGGGAUCCAUUCCAUCGUGGUUUGGGUCCUUCCCCAAACUUCAAAGAUUGGAUUUGUAUGGAAAUCAGUUUUCAGGUACUGUACCUUCAACUAUCUUCAACUUGUCUACAUUGCAAGACAUAGAUCUAGGCGCUAACAAACUAUCAGGUGCGAUACCCAGAGAAAUAGGGAACUUAACAAUGUUGAAGGGGAUAUACCUUGACUCCAACAAUUUCAAUGAAAUUCCAAAAGAGAUCGGCCUUUUAGAUCAGGUGGAGAUAUUGUAUGUGAGCUUAAAUGCCCUAAAAGGCCCUGUUCCUGUGGCUGUUUUCAACAUGUCUUCUUUGACUAUGUUGACUCUAUAUGGAAACAGCUUGAGUGGUGGUCUUCUAGACAAUAUAUGUACAUCUUCCUAG